AUGGCACCGUCGCGUAAACAGAGCAACGGCAGAUCACCAAUAGUGAAUCCACAGCGCCAAAUAACUGCCUUCUUCUCCAAAACGACAACUCCUUCUCCAUCUCCUUCUCCGGCACUCUCUAAAAAGCAAAUCUCCAUAUCUGAUACUGAACCUAACCCUAACCCUAGCCCUCAAUUCCAAGACGCUAGUUCUAGCCCAACUACUCCUUCGCCACUCCAAUCUAAGCCUAGAAAACCCCUACUAGUCAUUGGACAAACCCCGUCGCUAUCUCCUUCAACAACUGGAGUGUAUGGCAACGAGGUGGUGGAGAAGAGGAUUAGGGUUUACUGGCCGUUGGAUAAGAGCUGGUACGAGGGUUGUGUCAAAUCUUAUGAUGGUGAUUCGAAGAAGCAUUUGGUACAAUAUGAUGAUUUCGAAGAGGAAUUGUUGGAUUUGAGCAAUGAAAAGAUUGAGUGGGUUGAGCCAAGUGUUAAAAAAUUUAAGAGGUUGCGCAGGGGUUCUUUGGGUUUUAGGAAGAUGGUGCUUGAAGAUGAAGAGAUGGAGAAUGUUGAGGAGGAUAUUAGCGGUGCUGCUGGUGAUGAUGAUUCGAGUGAUGAAGAUUGGGGAAAGAAUGUGGAGAAGGAGUUUAGUGAGGAGGAGGAUGUGGAUUUGGUGGAUGAGGAAGAAGAGGAUGAUGGCAAGAAAGGAAAGAGAGGUGCGAAGAGUGAUUCGAGGAAAAGGAAAGCGAGUGGAGAAGGUGGGAAGUUGGAUUUGGGAAAGAAGGUAAAGAGUGGUGGGGAUGUGAGUACUGGGGAAUUCAAGGUUUCAGUUCUGGAUCCUGUAAAGAAUAAGGAGAAUAGGAUGUUUAAUGGCUUUGGUAAUGCCUUGAUGAAUGACGCAUCAGAAAGGUUUAGCAUGCGUGAAGCUGAGAAGUUUCCAUUUCUUGGAGGAGAACGCAUGGAUGCAACGAGAAGGCGUCCUGGAGACGUAGAUUAUGAUCCCAGGACUCUACACUUGCCCCCUGAAUUUGUAAAGAGUCUAACAGGUGGCCAGAGACAAUGGUGGGAGUUCAAGUCAAAGCAUAUGGAUAAGGUUUUAUUUUUCAAGAUGGGCAAGUUUUACGAACUUUUUGAAAUGGAUGCCCAUGUAGGAGCUAAAGAACUAGAUUUGCAAUAUAUGAAGGGAGAACAACCUCACUGUGGUUUUCCAGAGAAGAACUUCUCGAUGAAUGUGGAGAAAUUGGCUAGAAAGGGUUAUCGAGUUCUUGUUGUAGAGCAGACAGAAACACCAGAACAGUUAGAGCUUCGACGCAAAGAGAAAGGUUCUAAAGACAAGGUUGUAAAACGUGAAGUAUGUGCGGUGAUUACAAAAGGAACACUAACUAAUGGGGAAUUUCUUUCAUCAAAUCCUGAUGCUUCUUAUCUAAUGGCACUGACUGAAAUUAGCCAGGGUUUGACAAACCAAAGUUUUGAGCGGAUUUUUGGUGUUUGUGUUGUUGAUGUCACCACUAACAGAAUUAUCCUUGGACAGUUUGGGGAUGAUGCUGAGUGCAGUUCAUUGUGUUGUCUAUUAUCUGAGCUGAGGCCCGUAGAAAUUAUAAAACCUGCUAAAGUGCUUAGUUCUGAAACUGAGAGAGUACUGGUGAGACAUACUAGAAAUCCCUUGAUCAAUGAGUUGGCUCCUCUCUCAGAAUUCUGGGAUGCAGAGAAAACUGUUCUGGCAGUCAAAACUAUCUAUAAGCAUAUUGGUGAUCAUUCAGCUUCUGGACCCUUAAAUAAAACAGAUUUGGAUGCAUGUACCCCUGAUGUUCGAGAAGAUUGGCCAAGCAGGCUACCCGGCAUUUUGUCAGAGUUUGUUAAUAAAGGUGAAAAUGGAAGCCUUGCUCUCUCAGCUCUUGGAGGCAUUCUCUAUUAUCUAAAACAGGCUUUUUUGUACGAGACAUUGCUUAGAUUUGCAAAAUUUGAAUCACUUCCUUGCUCUGAUUUCUGUGAGGUUGCUAAGAAACCAUACAUGAUUCUUGAUGCUGCUGCCCUGGAGAACCUCGAGAUUUUUGAGAACAGCAGAAAUGGAGACUCUUCUGGGACACUGUAUGCGCAAUUGAAUCAUUGUGUGACACCAUUUGGAAAGAGGUUACUGAAAACAUGGCUAGCAAGACCAUUAUACCAUUUGGGAUCAAUUAUAGACCGCCAGGAUGCUGUAGCAGGUCUGCGGGGGGUAAAUCAGCCCAUGAUGCUCGAAUUUCGAAAAGCAUUGUCUAGGCUUCCGGACAUGGAGCGGUUGCUUGUACGCAUAUUUUCUGCCAGCGAAGCCAAUGGAAGAAAUGCAAAUAAAGUAGUUUUAUAUGAAGAUGCAGCAAAGAAGCAGCUUCAAGAGUUUAUAUCUGCUCUACAUGGCUGUAAAUUAAUGGCCGUAGCAUGUUCUUCACUUGCUGUCAUUUUGGAAAAUGUGGAGUCUGGACAGUUGCAUCAUUUGUUAACACCUGGUAAAGGUCUUCCUGACAUCCUUCCAAUUCUUAAACAUUUUAAGAGUGCCUUUGAUUGGGUAGAAGCCAACAAUUCUGGUCGUAUAAUACCUCAUGAAGGUGUUGAUAUAGAGUAUGACUCUGCUUGUGAAAAAGUUAAAGAGGUAGAAUCUAGUUUGACUAGACACCUGAAAGAGCAAAGGAAAUUACUAGGGGACACAUCAAUUACAUAUGUCACAGUUGGAAAAGAGGCAUAUCUGUUAGAAGUUCCAGAACAUCUGCGUGGUAGAAUUCCUCAAGAUUACGAGCUGCGUUCAUCCAAAAAGGGCUUUUACAGGUAUUGGACUCCAAGUAUUAAGAAGUUCUUAGGACAGCUCUCACAAGCUGAAUCUGAAAAGGAGUCAGCAUUGAAGAGCAUUUUGCAGAGGUUAAUUGUGCGUUUUUGUGAGCACCAUGACAAGUGGAGACAAUUAGUUUCUGCAACUGCAGAACUGGAUGUUUUGAUCAGUCUUGCAAUUGCUAGUGAAUUUUAUGAAGGACCAGCAUGUCGUCCCACCAUCAUAGGUUCAUCAUCAUCAAGUGAAGUGCCAUGCCUUUCUGCAAAAAGUUUAGGACACCCUGUUCUUAGGAGCGAUUCUUUGGGAAAGGGCACAUUUGUCCCAAAUGACAUUAGUAUUGGGGGUUCUGGUGAUGCCAGCUUUAUCCUUCUCACAGGUCCUAACAUGGGUGGAAAAUCUACUCUUCUUCGGCAAGUUUGUUUGGCUGUGAUUUUGGCCCAGAUUGGAGCCGAUGUCCCUGCUGAAAGCUUUGAGUUGUCCCCUGUGGACCGCAUCUUUGUCAGAAUGGGUGCGAAAGAUCAUAUUAUGGCGGGCCAAAGUACAUUUUUAACAGAGCUUUCAGAAACUGCAUUGAUGCUGUCAGCGGCAACCUGUAAUUCAUUGGUGGCAUUGGAUGAACUUGGACGUGGCACAUCAACUUCAGAUGGACAAGCAAUAGCCGAAUCUGUUCUCGAACAUUUUGUCCACAAGGUACAGUGUCGAGGAAUGUUUUCAACUCACUAUCACCGAUUAGCUGUAGAUUAUCAGAAAGAUUCCAAGGUCUCACUGUGCCAUAUGUCAUGUCAAGUUGGAAAUGGAGUUGGAGUGGAAGAAGUUACAUUUCUUUAUAGGCUGAGACCUGGGGCCUGCCCUAAAAGCUAUGGUGUCAAUGUUGCAAGACUGGCUGGACUCCCGGACUCCAUACUUCACAAGGCUGCUGCCAAGUCCAGUGAAUUUGAGGCUUCAUAUGGUCAACCCAAAAAGAGAUCUGAAGGAAACUUGGCCGUUCAAAGUUGUGACAAGAUGGUAGUAUUAAUUCAAAGUUUGAUCAAUGCCUCAACAAGCUUGAGUUACCACGAGUCUUCUGGGAUUGGCAUCAGCUCAGUGACCAAACUUCAGGAUAAAGCUAGGAUAUUUUUGCAGCAAAAUUUUAAGUGA